AUGGACAGCGAUCACAGUCAAAGUACCGAGAAGAGAGAGACUAUCCAAUACCGAGAGAGUACAGGACAUGCUCUAACAACAAUUCCGACAUCUGUGACUCUGUCACCUGAGCAGUUUGAGAAGCUUUACUUGACGCCUAUGACCCGCUGUCAGCCUGAACUUGCCAAGCGAGUUGGAAAACCGACACCGCUAGCUCUUGGUGGUUUUGUCAUUACCACGACUCCAAUUUCUUGUUGUUUGAUGGCUUGGAGAGGCUCCAGUGGAAACGGGGUGGCAUUCAUCGGACCCAUCGUCUUCCUUGGUGGCUUGUUGCUGCUUAUCACCAGUAUUCUUGAAUUCAUCCUGGGCAAUACCUUUCCUUGUGUUGUUUUCGGCACCAUCGGUGAGUUUGAAGACCUUGAGAAAUGUACCGCAGCGUCUCGAUCGCGUUUCUCAUACUUCCUGAUAGGAGGAUUCUGGUUUGCCUUUGCCGCCACAAUGAUUCCUGCAUUUAAUGCAGCCGCUCCUUAUUCAGCAUCAACCACUGACACAGUCGCCGGGCUUUCAAGUGCGGGCUUUAUGAACACCUAUGCUUUUUUAUUCAUAACGAUGGCUGUAUUGAUGUUGAUAUUUAUGAUCUGUGCGACACGCACCAAUGUUGUGUAUACACUUAUCUUUUUGACACUGCUCGUGGUCUUCUUGCUUCUAUCAUCUGCAUACUGGCUACUGGCAGAAGGCAAUUCUGCUGGUGGUAACAAAUGCGUCAAAGGAGCUGGGGCUUCGCUCUUUGUUGCGAGUUUGCUGGGCUUUUAUCUGCUAAUUGUCCAAUUGUUUGAGGCAAUGGAAUUUCCUUUCCAGUUACCGGUCGGAGACCUGGGGGCGCUCUGGGGUCGCAGUAUGCAAAAGUUAGGAUUUCCUUCCGAAUCUUUUCGAAUGUCAUGCUAA